GCCUCAUCCACGGCUUCAGACACCUAAGAGGACUCUCCUUCCCAACCCACCCGUCACCAUGGCCCAUCGAUUUCCAGCCCUCACCUCAGAACAGAAGAAGGAGCUCUCAGAAAUUGCCCAGCGUAUUGUUGCCAAUGGGAAGGGGAUCCUGGCUGCAGAUGAGUCCGUAGGCACCAUGGGAAACCGCCUGCAGAGGAUCAAGGUGGAGAACACUGAGGAAAACCGCCGGCAGUUCCGGGAAAUCCUCUUCACCGUGGACAACUCCAUCAACCAGAGCAUCGGGGGCGUGAUCCUUUUCCACGAGACCCUCUACCAGAAGGACAGUCAGGGGAAGCUGUUCAGAAACAUCCUCAAGGAAAAGGGGAUCGUUGUGGGAAUCAAGUUAGACCAAGGAGGUGCUCCCCUUGCAGGAACCAACAAAGAAACCACCAUUCAAGGGCUCGAUGGCCUUUCUGAGCGCUGUGCCCAGUAUAAGAAAGAUGGUGCUGACUUUGGGAAAUGGCGUGCUGUGCUAAGGAUUGACAACCAGUGUCCGUCCAGCCUUGCCAUCCAGGAAAAUGCCAAUGCCCUGGCCCGCUAUGCCAGUAUCUGUCAGCAGAAUGGGCUGGUACCCAUUGUUGAACCAGAGGUACUUCCUGAUGGAGAUCAUGACCUGGAACACUGCCAGUAUGUUACUGAGAAGGUCCUUGCUGCUGUUUAUAAGGCCCUAAACGACCAUCAUGUUUACCUGGAGGGCACCUUGCUGAAGCCCAACAUGGUGACUGCUGGACAUGCCUGUACCAAGAAGUAUGUGCCAGAGCAGGUGGCUAUGGCCACUGUCACAGCUCUCCAUCGUACGGUUCCUGCAGCUGUUCCUGGCAUCUGCUUCUUGUCUGGUGGCAUGAGCGAAGAGGAUGCUACUCUCAACCUCAAUGCUAUUAACCUCUGCCCUCUACCAAAGCCCUGGAAACUAAGUUUCUCCUACGGACGGGCCCUGCAGGCUAGUGCGCUGGCUGCCUGGGGUGGCAAAGCGGCAAACAAGAAGGCGACCCAGGAAGCUUUCAUGAAGCGGGCCCUGGCUAACUGCCAGGCAGCCAAAGGACAGUAUGUUCACUCAGGCCCUGCUGGUGCUGCCUCCACUCAGUCCCUCUUCACAGCCUCUUAUACCUACUAGAACCCGAGGCCGGCCAGCCUGCCUCUAGCCCUCCUACAUACCUUGGUUGGAGUGCUGAAAGAGAACAACUGACCUUGGAGAUGAGACAAAAUCAGAACUACUGGAAACACAGAACCUGCUAAAUUCUUAGACUCAAUGAAAAAAAAAUCAAGUUACUAAAACGUAGGUGUGAAUAUCAAAGAUCUGACAAAACUUCACACAAUUUCCUUGCAAACUUCCAGCCUUCCACACCCCAGAGUAUCCACCUAAGAAUAGACUUGAAAAUGGUACCAGCUCUCCAUUCAAAUAACAACAUCCCAAAGUAACAUCUCAGGGGCUGAGUGCAGAGAAGUGGGUCUUAUUAAACAAUCUUAGCAGUGGUAGGUUUCAAAAGAGACAGCUGCAACCAACAAAGCAAUAAAAUGUUCUAGAAGCCUUUGGUUGGUA